CCUAGAACAAAAACUAAAGAUUUCCCUCUUGCCUUCUUCAGUCAGUUUGACAAGUUUCAACAGAGUUUACCGUCUGCAGAUUACUGUGAAAUAGGCUACGAUGGACACCAGGGAACAUUUGAAGAAGCUCCAGUGGGAGUAUAAAGUGGACACACUCAAAUACAUUCAGACAGUGAGGGACUUCUGUGACAAACAACACAAAUGGACCCUUGAGAGAGAGAAAGAGCUGAAGAUGAUGGGAGACAUCAAGGACAAAAAAAGCCCAGAUAAGGAGCUGGAGAAGGAACUGGGUGCUGUCCUGGAGAACACACUUCAGGGGCUGAAGAAACUUUACGUUUUCCUGGAUGCAGUGGAGAAGCUCGCAGUCACUUCACUGUUUGUCUUCACUGGACAGAGCUUCAUGUCUGAGGACGAAAGUCCUGAAAGUGUGCGAUCAGUCAUCAUGGCUGCAAGAAUGACCUGUCCUCUCCUCAUCAACUUUAAACGAAAUGCAGAAACCUUCUUCUUUCCUUCACUCAGUAACUUGGCCGUCCUGUCCUUUCAACUAGACAAAUACAUACGAAUCACAAAACAGAUUUGUGAGAGAAUGGAGGAAAGAUGCAUGAAAGCUCAGCCUGUAGUGAAGUUCAGUUUGAACUUAAGCAAGGACUCCAUGCAAAAAAUGCUUGAUCAUUUGAAGCAGUUAUCCGAAAUCAGGAUGGACCAGCACACAAGGCUGGCUUUAAUUUUUCAGGAAUUGAAGGCUCAGGAAUUCGUUGGUUUAUUCAGUCAGUGUCUGGAGAAACUGGAGAAGCAUCUGUCAGAUCUGGAAGAGAGUGCAGUUCAGCUGGACAGGAUGAAGAUGGGGGCCAGUAUCUCCACUGUGACUGGCAGUUCGGUUUCGAUAUUAGCGGGUGGUUUGUCCAUUGCUGGUCUUAUUCUGGCCCCUUUCACUGCAGGAACGUCACUGGCUCUCACUAAAGCAGGUCUCGGUCUGGGGGUUACCAGCGGGGCCAAUAGUUUGGUCACAGGCGCCACUGAACUUGGAGUCAACCUAAGGCAUGGGAAAAAAACCCAGGAUAUUUUCAAACAAUAUAUGAAGGAUGUGGAGAAGAUUCUGAGCUGUCUGGAUCAGGCCAGUAAACAGGAGCAAGUAGAGGGGCAGGGAUGGUUUGAUAUCAUCAUUACAGCUGGGAAACUGGCAGGUCAUGCUGUGUCAGUGGGCAAAGGUAUUGAUGGUCUGGCAGAUGCAGCUUCAGCUGUUAAAAUACUCAAAACUGAGGAGGUGAUUGCGACUGCAACCAAGGCCGGGCUCCAGGAGGCACAAGGUGCUCGUAACAUUCCCAAACUGGCUGCAGACCUUCCCGACAUUGGGAAGCUGGCAAAAGGGACCCCACUAGCUCUUUCAAAGUCUGCUAGAGCUGGAUUCAUCGGUCUAAAUGCCCUCUUUAUUGGCUUAGAUAUCUUUUUUAUUUUCAAUGAGAGUAUAAGUCUGGCCAAAGGCAGCAAGUGUGAAGCCUCUCAGCACAUCCGCUCACGAGCAGCUUUGUGGAGAUCUGAGCUGGAGGACUGGAAGAAGAUCCAUGAUUCCUUACGCAUAGGGAUAGAGAGGGUCAGGAAGAGUCAGGAAGUGUUGGAGCAACCUUUCCUUCACCAAGAGUCACAGCCACAUCAUCAGCAAUUGCAGUUUUAUCCAGUUCAAAAUUCCUCUGCCAGUUCAUGGUGGCGAUAAGGAGCUUGGCCUGAUGCUUGUGGAAGCAAGGCUCAGUGAUCCCCUGGAUUUUGAAGACAUCCAAGAACUCAAAGAAAAAAAAUACAUCUUCAUAUAAUUGCCUGAGGGGUGAUGCCCAAAUAUGACGGCGCUGAGAUGAGCAGUCAUUUAGACAACAGUUAGACUUGCUGUCUUGAAACAUUACUCAGUUUAUCACCUUAUUUUUUCAAGCUUUCUGGUUUGCUAAUUGAUAAAACAGGAAAAUAAAAUAAAAUAUUUUACUAAUGUUUUAUUAUUUACUUAUGUUUUACCAUUUGCUUAUGCAUCACUUAAGUUCCAGAUAGAUCGACGAUGAAUGCUUGAAUGCCUCAGAAUAAAGUGAUAAAUGAAUGUUAUGCAACAACUGGACUUAUCUUUAGGCAAGAAUAUUAUACUAUACUAUAUAACUUACUUAGAUUAGAAGUGAUUCUAUCUUUUGAUCCUGAUUAUGGAUAAAUUACUUUCAUGCUUCAUAUUAUUUGAUUGUCUGUUUGAUUGUUAUAAGAAACAACAUUUGAUUUCAUCAUCUGACUGGAUCUCCUCCAUGCAUCACUGAUAAUUACUUUUAGUACAAUAAGCAUUAAUUAAAUCUGCUUGAUUCAUUGCACAUGGCAAAAUAAUA